AUGCAGAGAGAGUUCCAAGUCACUAACGGUUAUGGCCCCAAACUAGCCCCACAAGUUAUGAGGGAGCACUGGACGACAUUCAUAGUGGAAAAAGAUUUCAAGUUCAUAUCUGAAAAUGGACUAAACGCUAGGAGAAAGGAUCGGGAAAAGAAGGAGAAAGAGAAGGAGAAGAAGAAAAAGAAGAAGGAGGAGGAGGAGAAGGAAAGGAAGAAGACGAUCGAGAAAAGGAAUUUGAGUGCUCUUUUGAUAGGAUUGGUUGGUGCAGCCAUCACGCUGUGUGCCUAUUCACAGACCGUAAUCUCCGCCACUCAGUGUAUCACCAUUGGGCUGCUGGUUCUCAUGUUUGGCUUGCUUGUCGGAGAAGGUCUCAUCUCCCUCUUCUAGUCCAUUUGCCACAUCCUCUCCACAUUUCGGUAUCAUUUCCAGUCUUCACUUGGAUAGCUUAACACUUUUUUAAGGAAUUAAAUUUGUAGUGUUGAACUCUUGGAAUUGAUGGAGAAUCUUAUCAAUAUCAAUUAAGGCUUUUUCUUUUAUGUGCGUGUAUUAUAUACUAAUGAUAUGCUAUAUUUGGAGC